UGAUUACAAAAUAUCUAAUAAAUCCAUUUUAUCUUCGUAAACUUAUGACUUAUCUGGCUUCCUGUGGCUUCAAAGCUUUCUCGACUUCUUCCUUCUGUGCUUCAAACAGUUUCCUCAAAAAUUCUUUGAGCUCUUCAUGCGACACGUCGUCAGAGCCGUCUUCGUCAAGCUCUGCGAACACCUCCUUGAUGACUUGCUCGUCCGGAUUAUUCUUCAUGCCCAUUUCCUGGCAGAUAUUCCCAAUGAACGACUUAAUUUCGGCUUUGUCCAGAGACCCGCUCUGGUCAACAUCGAUGGUCUUGAAGACUUCUUUGCAGACGUGGUCGAAGGUCUCUUCAUCACCGAGGAUCACCGACAGUGCUUCCAAAGUACUUUCAAGCUCAGCUUGUUCGUCUGACAUAAUUUGAUUAUUCAAUUUUUAUAA